CACACACACACACACACAGCCCCAUACAUGCAUACCUUCACACACACACACACACAUGCAAACCUCAAACUAAACGGUGCUCUUGGGCGUGAAGGCGGUUCUUUCUCCUUCUGUCUCGGGUGAGAUGUUAGAGACAUCUCACCCGAGACCUUUCUAAAGGUGUGAGACAAAGCAUCAUGUGCAUGCUGAAUAACCAGUUCACUGCCUGAAAGGUAAAUAUUACAAAACCGUUGCAUUGAUGAGUCAUCGAGCAUUGCCGUGUUUAUGUCUGAAACCACAGCUCACCUCUUCCUCUUCUCUCCCCCCCCACCACAGAGCCUGGUCAGCAGAAGUCCUUUAAGAGGAAGAGGUCUCUGAUCAACUGGCCCUUCUGGAGAGGCUCCAGCUCGCAGCUGGACGGCCUCCCCCUGUCCCCGACCUCGCCGUCCCCCACGCAGGGACGGCUGUUCGGACGACCCCUGAGCUCCGUCUGCUCUCCGGACCACGGCCUGCCCAAGCCCGUCAUGGACAUGCUGGUGUUCCUGUACCUGGAGGGGCCGUACACCAGGGGCGUCUUCAGGCGCUCAGCCGGGGCCAAAGCCUGCCGGGAGCUCCGGGACAGACUGGACAACGAAGCCGAGGACCCGGAGAUCACACACCAGUCCGUGUUCGUCAUCGCCGCUGUGCUCAAGGACUUCCUGCGUAACAUCCCGGGCAGCUUGCUGAGUGCGGAUGUGUACGAGCAGUGGAUGGAGGUGAUGGAGGGGGAGGGAGGAGACGAGAGGACGCACGCUGUCCAGAGGUUGCUCCGCCUCCUGCCCGGCGACAACCUGCUGCUGCUGCGUCACGUGGUCGCCGUGCUGCACUGCAUCCAAGGCAACGCCCACGACAACCAGAUGAACGCCUUCAACCUGUCCGUCUGCAUCGCUCCCAGCAUGCUUUGGGCUCCGGCGCCGAGCACCCCCGAGAUGGAGGGGGAGGGCACCAAAAAGGUGAGGAGGAACCCACACACACAGGACUGAUACGAGGGCCGAGACUAAAAAAAGUAUUAUCGUUAGUAACGUACGCCGUGUGGGGAGAUCAUGCGUCCGGUCGUGUGUGAUUGUGCACAUGUGGAUCUGUCUGUCCGUCCACGGUUAAUAUCCCAUACUACUAGACCAGCUGGAAAACAUCCGGUGUAUC